UCAGAAUCUGCUCUGGUGAUUUGCUUCAUGCAGUCGAUCACAUCUCGUUCAUAUAGAAUUGAUCAGGUUGUUGAGUGACCAGGUGGCGGUGAGGUUAUGGGAUGUACUGUAUAGGCGUACAGUACAGGCCAAAAGUUUGGACACACCUUUUCAUUCAUUUUUUAUUAUGCAGGACUAUUUACUUUAUAGAUUCUCACUGAAGCAUCAAAACUAUGAAUGUGGAGUUACUACAGUAUAUAUACUUAACCAAAAAGAUGAGGAAUAACUAAAAUCCUCUUUGAUAUUCUUGUGUCAAAUAAACACACCUUCAAUCUACAACGUAAAUAGUCAUUAAAAUAAAGAAACCCAGUGAAUAAGAUGUGUCCAAAGUGCAUCGGUUUGUUCAUUAGGCCUGCAUGUUCAAAUCAACUUUAAAUCUAAAAUAUGUUUGAUCCACAUACUUUUUUGUUUGUUUUUUGUUUAGUUUAACUUAAAAUUUAGCAUUCUUUCUGUUUUUAUUUAUAGUAGGAAUUUUUUUUAAUUUUUUUUUUAAAGCAGAACUGUGAAUGUUUGUGUUCAGCAUCCGCUCCUGGCUGCAGUUCAAAGAGUCGCCACUAGUUGGUGCGUUUGGCGCUGUCCACAGCUCGUGGUGCUGAACUUCAAACAGAUAGUUCUUCACGCUUUCAGAGCGACAGUUAAUGUGCCAACUUGUAAUUUUCCGGUUGUGGGGGCACCUCGUGCACAUGACCCACGCUGGUGACAGAACGACCCAAGAGACAAAGAGAGCGAAUCACGAAAUCAAUCGAGGCUUCCGGCCGCCACUCCUCCUUUAACGGUUAGUUCUGGUCUGUGGGCUGAAGAGUCCGGGCUGUCAUGUUCCUGGUUUCGCUCCGGGCGUUUUGUCUGCCAUUGACUAUUGAAAAUGUGACAGACGCAGCUCAAUUCACGAAUAAUGCUCCUCAAAUGCUCCACUGGCUGAAUAUCAGGGAGUUUGGAGCAUCGUGGUCAGGUUAUUAAACGGCUUUUACGCAGCGUCAUGCGUAAACAUGGCGGAGACGGCCGGAUGCGACUCUGUUCCUCCACCUGACUCCUCUGUCCCCGAAGAAUUCGAGUGCAAAGUGUGCUUCAACGACUUCGACCUGGACCGCCACCUGCCCAAACUCCUGGGCUGUUCCCACACCUUCUGCCGGGAGUGUCUGGAGAAGCUGCAUUCCCUGGAGGGUUCAGGAUGGAGAGUCGGUUGUCCCGUCUGUCGCUACAGAACUCCGGUUCGGGAGUAUCUGAUUCAGAACCUCCCCGACAACGUUUCGUUGACUGACUCGUUUCCCUUUAAGAACCACCAGAAUGCGUCAGAGGAGCAGACGGCUCCGUCUGGCUCCACCUCGGCGUCCCAGGACUGGUGUGAGACGUGCAAACAUGUGGCGUUUACCGCCGGAUGCGUGUGCGCCAAUUUCUCCUUUCUGGGGACCGUGGUGCUGCUGUUUCUGGGCCUAAUUUCUCUGCACAACUUUGACAAGCCGACGCUUCCUCUUGGCUCGAUGUGUUUGCUGGUUGCAGGCAUCCUGGCUCUGCUGUCGCUUAUUCUAAUGUGGUUGUUGUGCGUGUUGAAACUGGUGUCAAGCCAGCACGCUCUCGCUAAACUGCUGUCAAGUGAGCCCUCUCUGGAAUACGGCGUGCGACUUUAA